AUGAUCCCCAAAAAGAACAAUUUCUCCAAUCUCUCCCCAGUCUGUAUUCUAAUUCUUGCAAUAUCAAUAUCAAAGUGCGUAGCAGAUGAUGUUUAUUGCUUGGAGUCAAUCAAACAGUCCCUAGAAGACCCAGAUGGGAUGUUAUCUUCCUGGGAUUUCACAAAUAAGAAAGAUCCAAGUUUCAUCUGCUCUUUCAUCGGAGUUGAAUGUUGGAACUCUGAAGAAAACAGAGUGAUGAACUUAGUACUCGGAGAUAUGCGUCUGAAAGGCAACUUCCCCCAAGGCCUACAACACUGUACAAGUUUAGUGACACUACAGUUGAAUGGGAACCAGCUCACUGGAACCAUUCCCUCCCACUUGUGCGUCAUGGUAGGCUAUUUGACGGUUUUGGAUCUGUCCAAAAACUCUUUCACUGGGGAAAUUCCGGAAAGUAUAGGGGACUGUGUUUACCUCAAUAGGCUUUCUCUCAAUAGCAACCAGCUCACCGGGCGGAUACCGGUGGAAGCAAUCGGGAGGCUGACAAGGCUUUCUUAUUUGAAUGUGGCUGAUAAUGAGUUGGAGGGGCCGGUGCCACUCGGAGUCACCGUCCGGAGUGACAACUAUGCCAAUAACAAGGGCCUUUGUGGAGGACCUUUGGAGCCUUGCAAGCAGCAGCAGGAAGGUAAGGUGGAAGAGAAUCAUGAGCCUUCCAUGUUCAUCAUUGGCCUUGCCACUGGAUGGGUUUUCUCUGCCAUUUUUUACGCAUUUACUCUUGUCUUUUUCCAAUCUCCCCAAAUGGUUGUCACCCAUCUUGCAAACUACGCACAAUUCAUUUGGUUAAAAUAUGGUUUUUAG